CUUUUCUCUGCUAAAACAAAAAUCAUCUCUCUUCUCGCUCUCUGCUUUUGAAUCUCUCUUUUUUCUCUCCACCACCUGAGAUUUUCCCAUCACUUUCCCGGAAAAAGCAGCGAUUAUCUUCAUGGCUUCUCACUCACCACUAUCCCACUGAUGCUUCAGAUUAUUGGAUUUGAGGAAGGAUUAUGAAGACGAACAUGCAAGUAAAAGGAAGAGGAGGAAACAUGAAGGCUAAUACUAAUACACAACAAGUGAUUUUUGAGCUGAAGAAGAAGGUUGUUAUUGCAUUAAACAAGUUAGCAGAUAGAGAUACAUAUCAGAGAGGAGUUGAUGAGCUUGAGAAAACUGUUGAGCAUUUGGCACCGGAUAAGGUUUCAUGUUUUCUCUCUUGUAUUUUGGAUACUGAUUCUGAGCAGAAGAGUGCUGUGAGGAAAGAGUGUAUUAGGUUGAUGGGGACUUUAGCUAGGUUUCAUGAGGGACUUGUUGGUCCAUAUCUUGGUAAGAUGGUUUCUAGUAUUGUUAAGCGGCUUAAGGAUCCUGAUUCUGUUGUGAGAGAUGCGUGUAUUGAGACAAUGGGUGUUUUGGCUUCCAAGAUGAGUUGUUAUGAAGACCAGAACUUUGGUGUUUUUGUUUCCUUGGUGAAACCUCUUUUUGAAGCUAUUGGUGAUCAGAAUAAGUAUGUGCAGUCUGGUGCUGCCUUAUGCUUGGCGAGAGUUAUUGAUAGUAGUCCUGAAGCUCCAGUUGCGAUUAUACAACGCAUGUUGAUGAGGACAGUAAAGCUGCUUAAUAACUCGCAUUUUAUCGCAAAGCCAGCGGUUAUUGAGCUUAAUAGAAGUAUCAUCCUGGCUGGUGGGGCAACGUCGAAGAGUGUGUUGUCCUCAGCAAUGUCUAGCUUUCAAGAUGCCCUUAAAAAUAAGGACUGGACUACUCGUAAGGCAGCUUCUGUAGCACUUAUGGAGAUAGCUGCUACUGGUGAAAAGUUUCUUGGACCUCUGAAGGCGUCCUGCAUCUGCUCUCUUGAAUCAUGUCGCUUUGAUAAAGUGAAACCAGUGAGGGACUCAGUUAUCCUUGCCUUAAAAUAUUGGAAAGGUGUCCCUGGGUCUGAUAGUCCAGAGCCAUCUGAAACUGAAUCCUCUGUAAAAGAAAGUUAUAAUGGAGCUCGAGAGAGUAGUGAACUUUUCAGCACCAGUGACUUUAAAGUGAAGGAUGGUAUGUCUAUCAAAUAUGUAACGGAUGUGACAAGGAAAAAGGUUCCGGUCUCUGCCAGGCAACCACCUACACGUUACAAUGACGACCCUCGAAAGAGUAACCAAGAUGAUUGGCAUAUUGAAAUUGCAGUCCCAGAAUCUUCUUUUGUCUCCAAGGUUGAUCUUUACAAUGAAGAAUCAGAGGGCAGUUGCAUCACCAAGACGUUUGCAGAAACGACAAACACGCCAGAAGUGACAUAUGAGUACAUUCCAAUGAAGGAUAAAGCAGAUAGCUAUGUAACAGGCGGAGUCAAUGAAAACGAUGAUAUCAAGUCUAUUACAGUUUCAUCAAGCAGUUUCCGGGCAAGUGGUAUGGUGAAUCCAGCCAUAACGAGUAAGAAUUAUGCAGCUGAAGAAACUGAUUUGGAAGAGCAGCCAUUCUCAACCCAAGUGAAGGAUCGUACAAGCCUUGACUCUUUUGUAACAGUGUCGAGCUCUCAAAUUAAUCAUGACUGCUGUGCUAAGAUUGCAAAUGAAAUGGCUUCUGUACGUAAACAACUCUCAGAUAUUGAAAAUAAACAGUCACGUUUGAUAGAUCAGCUACAGGUCUUUUCAACAGGAAUAAUGAACAACUUUUCGGUUCUUCAAUCCAAGGUAUCAAGCUUAGAGUAUGCAGUGGAGGGGAUAGCUCAGAACGCUGCCUUGCAUUCAGAUAUAUCAAACUCCAAUUUUGUGAAGCACAACCAAGGUAGUACCAUAUCACCGAGGCUGUCUAGCUGUACGUCAAGAACUUCGACGGAUAUCCGCAAUCGACAAUCUACACUAUCCACUUCCAAGUACUCAAGGGAGAACAAAACACAUGUAAGAAGCAGACUAAAUGAAUCACAGGGCAUGGAGAAGACACGGAGUAAUCCUUUAGGUAAGACUGGUCAACUACAUACUAGAGAGGACAUUUGGAACAACAUUGGACAGGGAAGACAAACAUUGAUCCAGACCCGGACAUCUUCUGAUUCAAUUCAAAGCAUUAGACAACAGUAUGCAGAGGUGAUGAGUGGAACAAGGAAACCAGUGACAGGUGUUUCUUGUGAAGAUGUGGUUGAAUCAGAGUAUCUACAAGUGCUUUCUUCCGGUGAUGAGCUUGCACUUGUUGAGCUUCUUGACAGAACAGGCCCGGUGCUGGAGAGUAUGUCAUCACAGACCAUAAAUGAAAUUCUCAGUAUUCUAUUGUCAUACCUCCUAGAACGAAGAUUCAUGAAUUCAAUACUUCCUUGGCUGCAUCAGGUCGCUGACUUGAGUACUACAAAUGGAGCUAAUUAUCUUAUUCCAUCUGCGAGAAAGAGAGCUCAAGUGUUGUCUGCAAUUCAGGAGGCUUCAGGCAUGGACUUUUCAAAUCUUGCUGAGAGGAGAGCAGUUACUCAAAUAGCUAUGAAGUUGCGCAAACUAUGGGGAAAAUGCUCUUGAUCAUUAUGGUGUGCUGAAGUAGUUGAAUUAAACUUGUUAGUGUGGGAACUUGUGAAAACUUCUACUCCUUCCUUUGUUUUCCACGUGUGUAACACAUGAAAUCAUUUUGGAAACUUCUACUCCUUCUACUUGCUUGUUUCAUCUCUUCUUGCCAAUCGUUCUCUACACCGGCUCUUUUUGCAUUGCCUUCGCCUUCACUCUAGUUUCCGUCUGUCUUGAUUCAAACCAUAAACGGAGUGGCAAAUCAACCCAGAAAAUUAAACAAUUUGGUGGGAAUAUCAACAACAGUCAUACGAAACUGCAGGAAAAAGCGGAUCACGGUUUAGAUUUACGGUUUGAAAGUUAUAACCAAUUUACUAAGACAGAGCCGGAAGGUAACAAACCUGCAAGCAGUCAACUUUGGAAACAAUUUCCCAUCAAACAGCAAGACAACUAGAAGAUGAUCUUUAUGUCCAUGGAAAGAUCUCGCUGUCAAGUUUCCAGAACAUCUUUCAAGUCUAAAACCCAAUAUCUAUAGCCAAAGAAAUGAAGACGACAAAACCAAUGAAAAACCAUGUCGUGUUGUGUAUUGACU